AUGAGCACCCACCCACUGACAACCAGAAAUACAAACUCAGACACGUCUUCAACUGUAGCAGGGGAAGCACGUUCAAAUCUACACCUGAGAUUUUCUCCUUCAGCAAGCGUCAUGUUGAUCCAGGCCGGCAGUACCAUUGUUUGUUUGUUUCUUGCACAUGUGGCUGCUCACCCAGAUUUGCUCUUGUCUAUGGACCGUAGACCUGCUGGGCAGUUCUGUGGUCAUCUUCUAUGUCACGUAAUCAUGGGGCAGAUGGAUGAACACAUCCUGGGACUGUCCUUGUUCAAUAUUACCCUCCCAAACACCAGAACCAAACUAGCAUCUGUGUCCCUUUUCGAACCUAGAGCACACGUGGAGCAGUGCAAGUCCCCGCUCAUCAACGCGACAGGAUACAUCAUCAGAAAUUUAGGACAUCUGGCGUUAGGUUUCCAAAACAUGGUCGAUUGUCUAAAUGGGUCGUUUUUGUGUCAGCUGGACUUUGUCAAUGUCAGUGGACAGCCGGACAAUAUCAUCAAGAGCACCUCACCAGCGGACAUGUGUGAUCACAGUGGCAUCGAUCAUCGAUUGGACAGAAUGUUUGUGGCGCUAGACAACCUUGCUGUGGGUUUUCACGCAGAUCUGGCAGCGCUACAGCAAGAGAGUUCAGACGUGCGUCAAAUACUGGAGGCCCUUCUCGGUAGUGUCGGAUUCAUUGACUCACAAAUCCAGCGAUACAACGGUACUCAGCAGAAAUAG